AACUCGAGUCGAAAACAAAAAACGCGCCUAACGUUCUCAGUUUCACAACGAACUAGAUUAUUUUACGUUCUCUCUGUAAAUCCAUUGGAAUUUCUGUUGUUGUCACAUCACCAACAACAGAUUGCGUUGGUUUCUUUGAGGAUUAUCGAGACGGUGUUCUCUCGAAUAGAAGAGAGUUUGAAGAUGAACGAUAAUCAGCCUGAUGAAAUGGUUAAAUGUUGGCCUGCGGUGCCUGAACCGCCAUCGGUUACAGUGGGGUUGGAUUUGCCGUUGAAGGAGUUGAAGAUGAAGCUCCUUAAGGAUGAAAAGGUGUCUAUGCUUGUGCUGACUGCUGCUGGAGGAUGCGGGAAAACCACCUUGGCAAAAAUGUUUUGUCAAGAUCAAGAUGUCAAAGAUACAUUCAAGAAUAACAUCUUCUUUCUCAAUGUCUCGAAAAAGCCCAACUUGGACCUUAUUGUACACCAACUAUAUCAACGGAUGGGGUACGAGCUGCCUGCUUUCGAAAACGAAGUCAUGGCAGCUAACUGGUUGUUCUCAAGUAAUCUGGACAAAAUCCUCUACUGUUUGUCCUGGAUGAUGUUUUGGUCAGGAUCAGAGUCCCUGUCUUGA